UGGAUACAAAUUGUAAACUCACUGUCUGACCCAUACUCCGGAACAGUAGGAGGCGGUAAUGCUCCUUUACGUUGGUUGCCAACCGCCGAUAAACACAAAGGAGAAGGAGAAGAGGCGGACUAAAACUUUGUUAUCGAGGGCAGAGCGAAACCGGAAGGUUUACUGAGCUGUGGCUUCACGUAGACGCUGAGCAUAAGCUCGAAGGCGGUCAGGUUUUUUUAUAUGGGACGAAUCCAAAGACCAGGUCAGCGAUUCCAGAACUGAGAGCGUUCCAGUGUUCACUGGAUGGCGAGCCAACCCAAGAUCCUUGGAGACAACAUACAUACACACGCACACUCAUUUGCACAUUGAUGGACUACAAUCCUCUACUGUACAAGUAGUACGGUAGGACUGACAAUCACACACACUCUUAACAUUGGAUGAACUCUAAUGCAAUACACCUGUUUGUCAUGGGCCCCACCGGUACCCUUUGGUCUUAAAAGGACUAAUUCUUUUGCUUGUGCACAAUUUUAUUUUAUUCUAAUUUUUUUUUUUUGCUAUUUUGGGGGAAUUUUUCUAUAUUUGAAGUUCUGUUAAACCUGUUGUAAUACUGUGUGGUUACAAAAUUCUUUUAAAAGGCUUAACAUCACUAAAGUACUUUUAAGCCACACAAGUGUGUUUGUCUGGUUUCUGUGUCAUUCAUAUACCAGAGCUCUAAGAGUCGUUCUUAAUCUUCUGGUACUAGCCCAAAUUACUCAUUACCUUGGUAAUUAUCCAUUGGUACUUUAUAUAACUCCACGUAAGUGCUACAUUACACUAACUGUUAGUAGUUCAACGAUCCAGUGAAGAUCCACCACUCUGGUUAGUAGUGGCUUCCUUAAAGCAUAAGGAACAGUAAAGAGAGACGCACAGACGAUCAGACUGAGUUCAGAGCAAACUAGCAGCUUCCUCUGAGUGAGUCCAGCUACAGGAGAGAAAAGUGGAAAACUCCAACACUGCUGCUUCAAGCUGCUGACGCUCCACACACUGAAUCUUCACUCACAGACUCAAUGGCUUCCAGAUCAGAGGAGGAUCUCUGCUGUCCGGUCUGUCAGGAGGUCUUCAGAGAUCCUGUUAUUCUGUCAUGUAGCCACAGCUUCUGUAAAGACUGUCUGAAGAGAUGGUGGAGAGAGAGACCAACACACGAGUGUCCAGUUUGUAAGAGAAGAUCUUCCAAGGAUCCACCUCCUAACCUGGCUUUAAAGAACCUGUGUGAGUUGUUACAGGAGAGAUAUCCGAGAGCUUCAGAGGCUCUCUGCAGUCUGCACUCUGAGGAACUCAAACUCUUCUGUCUGGACCAUCAGCAGCCAGUGUGUGUCGUCUGCAGAGACUCAGAAAAACACACCAAUCACAGAUUUAGACCCAUCGAUGAAGCUGCACAACAACACAAGAAGGAACUUCAGGAAACUCUGGAGCACUUAAAGAAGAAGUUAAAGGUUUGUGAAGAAGUUCAAGUGAAGUUUGAUCAAACAGCAGAACACGUUAAGGUCCAGGCCCGACACACAGAGAGGCAGAUUAAGGAGCAGUUUAAGAAGCUUCACCAGUUUCUAGCAGAGGAAGAGGAGGCCAGGCUGGCUGCCCUGAGGGAGGAAGAGGAGCAGAAGAGUGGGAUGAUGAAGGAGAAGAUGGAGGCUCUGAGCAGAGAGAUAGCAGCUCUUUCAGACACAGUCAGAGCCACAGAGGAGGAGCUGAGAGCUGAAGACGUCUCAUUCCUGCACAACUACAAGGCUGCAGUGGAAAGAGUCCAGCGCUGCCCCCUGCUGGAUGAUCCACAGCUGCCCUCAGGAGCUCUGAUAGACCAGGCCAAACACCUGGGCAACCUGACCUUCAACAUCUGGAAGAACAUGAAGGACAUGGUCUCCUACACUCCUCUCAUUCUGGACCCAAACACUGCUCAUCCAAACCUCAUCCUGUCUGAAGAUCUGACCAGUGUGAGACGAGGAGGAGAGAGGCAGCAGCUUCCCGAUAAUCCAGAGAGGAUUGAUUUGUUCUAUUCUGUCCUGGGCUCUGAGGGCUUUAACUCAGGGACUCACAGCUGGGAUGUUGAUGUUGGAGACAGUACAUGGUGGAGACUGGGUGUGUUAGCAGAGUCUGUGCAGAGGAAGGGAGACAUAGAGUCUGGUUUAUGGAGAUUAGGCUUCAGUUCAGAUAAAUAUUCAGCACAUUCACCAUCUGCUCCAGAAACUGAUCUUGUAAUACAGAAGACGUUCCAGAGGAUCAGAGUGAAUCUGGACUGGAACAGAGGAAAGCUGUCGUUCUCUGAUCCUGAUACUAACACACACAUACACACCUUCACACACACCUUUACUGAGAAGAUGUUUCCAUAUAUUCACCCUAUGGAUGACAUGAAGAUAUCACCAGUGAAGGUAUCAGUGGAGCAGACCAAUUCAGGAUGAUUAUAUUCUUAAUGCUGUUUGCUCUCAGUAAACCUACUAAAAUGUAGUUAUACUGUAGUUUUAUGUAAUGAAAAAAAUCAUCAACGUUACUUUUUCAGUUAAAUUAAGAGAAAGAAGGCAAUUUCUACAAUUUUACAUUUCAGUGA